CGUACCCAUUCACUCGGGACCGUUGGAAAUAAUUUGCUAUCGCCACGCGCUGAUGUGGAAUUGAGGAAUGAAUUGCCCGGAGGCAUUUGUUUGGGGUCCACAGAUUCGCGGUUCAGAGCUCUCGACCGUGCAGAAGCGAGUGUCGCAAAUAAUUCCCCGAAAAUGGGAGAUAUGCCCUGUUGGAUCGGUUUCACGCUUCGCACAAACAGAAGGCCACCAUAUUCCAGUUCGGGAGUAGACUGCGCGGGCAGCCGAGAGGAGGAAGGGCAAGGGUCGGCGGCUAGGCAGAAUACCACCCCGCCGAUCAGCUUGUUCUUCCCUCUCCUUUACGUUACAUGACACCUCUCCCUUCAUUAGCUACUCGCAGUAGCUCACCGGAGCAUCAGUCCAGUACGGCACUUGGAGACCGUCCAGAACGUAGCCGUAAUGCCAAAGCACAAGCGAGACAUCGAGCAAAGCGAAAGGCGUACAUUGAACAGCUCGAACAAACCGUGACGAAAUUGCAAUAUGCGCUUGCGUACACACCGGAACAAAUAGCUGCUUUGCCACCACCACUUAUGAGGAUACGUGAGCUGGAGGACAAAGUGGGUGCCUUGGUUCGAGAAAACGAGGAUCUGCGUCGGCAGCUAGAACAGCGGAACGCGGAAUUACGCCCCGACAUCGUUCGUCAACCUGUUCACCGCGCAUCCUUUGAUGAUCGACACUCCGAUCGCGAUAUCAAACGUCGACGAACAAUCGAUCAUAAUAUGGGAGAUGUAUACAUAGAACCGAGCACACAUCAGCUUCCAACUCCGCCUCCGCCUCUAACGAUACCCCCUUUGUCGAACCAGUACCAACGACAUGAAAGAACGCCUUCCAUGCUCCCAUCAUACGCGACACACUACUCUAUGGCGGAGACACCUUCGGAUACCACUAGCUCAGCCUCGAGUCCCUCAACGCAAUCAUUCUCGCCAAUCAGUGAACACUACUCAAACUCCUUGCAUCACCGACCCUCGUCGUCAUCAUCUAAUCACACCGUUCUGCCAUCGUUCUCGAACGCGGUAGGUCAAUACAGUGACCUUGUUAAAAUAGAAGAAGACGCCUACAUUCAACAUCACGGCAUGCCACAGCCCAACACUUACUAUACUCCGACGCUGCCUCCUGUACAACAUCUGGCACAUUGGCGUUAGGCGUCAUCAGUUGUUCUUGACUAUACCCAAUAAGGCUGGAUCCCUGGAAAUGUUUAGACACCGAUAUUGCUGCUGUCAUUCCAGUUGCUUUGCAUCUUGUUUACCGACCUCAUGGGGUAUGCCCCGCUUACUUCUGCGCUAUGUUGUUCUUCUAUCGUAGUCACAUUGUUUUGUUGUCAUGUUGUACAUACUAUGUUUCCAUGCUAUGUUCUGUGUGUUGAUGGUUAUUUUGAAGCGUCAACUGGUUCACAUGAUUGAAGGUCUAAUC